UGCAAUGAAUGCCCUGGUUCGUAUCUCUGGUAUUCUUACCAAUGCUCCAUUCAUGCUAAACUUGGAUUGUGACCAUUACUUAAACAACAGCAAGGCUAUAAGAGAAGCAAUGUGUUUCUUGAUGGAUCCAAAAGUUGGAAAGAAGGUUUGCUAUGUUCAGUUCCCCCAGAGAUUCGAUGGAAUAGACAGGCACGAUAGAUAUGCUAACAGAAACACAGUCUUCUUUGAUAUCAACAUGAAAGGUUUAGAUGGAAUUCAAGGCCCUGUCUAUGUUGGCGGAGGAUGUGUCUUUAGAAGACAAGCUUUAUAUGGCUAUGAACCUCCAGUGGAUCCUAAGCGCCCAAAGAUGGUAAGCUGUGAUUGUUUCCCAUGCUUUGGACACCGCAAAAAGCUUCCUAAGUAUUCUAAGGAUGGUGUUAAUGGCGAUGCAAACACUACAGGAUUUGAUGAUAACAAAGAGCUCUUGAUGUCUCAGAUGAACUUUGAAAAAAAAUUUGGACAGUCUCCAAUUUUUGUGACUUCAACAUUAAUGGUUGAAGGUGGAGUUCCACCUUCCUCAAGCCCAGCGGCCCUUCUCAAAGAAGCCAUUCAUGUCAUCAGUUGUGGCUAUGAAGAUAAGACAGAGUGGGGUUCUGAGUUGGGUUGGAUUUAUGGUUCUAUCACGGAAGAUAUCCUAACAGGAUUCAAGAUGCAUUGUCGUGGUUGGAGGUCCAUUUACUGUAUGCCCAAAAGGGCUGCCUUCAAGGGAUCUGCUCCAAUUAAUCUAUCAGAUCGUCUUAAUCAGGUGCUGCGUUGGGCUCUUGGUUCUGUUGAAAUAUUUUUCAGUCGUCACAACCCUGUUUGGUAUGGCUACAAAGACGGAAAACUCAAGUGGCUUGAGCGAUUUGCGUAUAUUAAUACAACUGUCUAUCCAUUUACCUCCCUACCUCUUCUCGCAUAUUGUACCCUCCCUGCCAUCUGCUUGCUCACUGGAAAGUUCAUAUUGCCAGAGAUAAGCACCUUUGCAAGUCUCUUUUUCAUUGCUCUCUUUCUCUCUAUUUUCACAACUGGCAUCCUAGAGCUAAGGUGGAGUGGAGUUAGUAUUGAGGAAUGGUGGAGAAAUGAACAAUUUUGGGUGAUUGGUGGUGUGUCCGCUCACCUGUUUGCCGUAAUUCAAGGUCUUCUCAAGGUUUUGGCUGGAAUAGAAACAAACUUCACAGUCACAUCAAAGGCAACGGAUGAUGAGGAAUUUGGAGAGCUAUAUGCUUUCAAGUGGACAACCCUCCUAAUCCCUCCAACAACUAUUUUAAUCAUAAACUUGGUUGGUGUUGUGGCUGGAAUCUCUGAUGCAACAAACAAUGGAUACAAUUCAUGGGGUCCCCUGUUUGGGAAGCUCUUCUUUGCCUUUUGGGUGAUUAUACAUCUCUAUCCAUUCUUGAAAGGUCUCAUGGGUAAGCAGAAUAGGCCACCUACUAUUGUUGUUAUAUGGUCAGUACUUUUGGCUUCUAUCUUCUCCUUGUUAUGGAUCCGGAUUGACCCAUUCAUAUUAAAAACUAAGGGGCCAGAUACCAAGCAAUGUGGUGACAAUUGCUGAUACAUUUCUCAGACUUCAUCUUAGAAGCCACACUCUACAAAUAUACAAUGUGUUUUUUAGUUAUGAGGAUCUGAUGUUUGUCCAACUUUUCGUCGUUCCCAUGUUGAAUAAGGUUUAAUAUUUAGUUCAGUAGUUUUUAUUAAAUUUGAAGUAAUAUAAUAU